GAUCUACAUACUUUCUCUUCCGCUUGGUUUCUGAAUAAGAACCAAAAUGGUACAACGACUGACCUACCGACGACGUUUGUCGUACAACACAAAGAGCAACAGGAGACGAGUAGUUCGUACUCCUGGUGGAAAAUUAGUAUAUCAGUAUCUGAAGAAACCGAAAAAGAUCCCGAGAUGUGGUCAGUGCAAAGAUAAAUUGAGGGGCAUCCAACCGGCUAGACCCAUGGAAAGGUCACGUAUGUGCAGGCGCAAGAAGACUGUUAAACGUGUGUACGGCGGUGUACUUUGUCACAAGUGUGUCAAAGAAAGAAUCGUCCGGGCUUUUCUAAUCGAGGAACAGAAGAUUGUCGUAAAGGUAAUGAAAGCCCAAGCAUCUGCAAAGUCGAAGAAAGUAGAAAAGUAAUUUGCUUUUUUAUUCAUUAAAUAUAGAUAUAUUUAAAAGAAA